AAUAAUAAGGCUAAAAAAAUAUAUUCUUUGACAAUAAAGGAUGCAAAUGCCCAAAAUUAGAUAGUAUGUUGGUACAUGUAAUUGGUUGCCAUAUGUUGAUAAGGGUGCCCACAAAUGUUAGUUCUUGGAUCAAAUGACACAUCCUUCUCACCCCACAAACACAACCGAGAAUGAAGCAUUACCACAUGGUUGCUUUUCUCUUAAAAUACUUAUUAGGAAAUUAAUGAGAACACCAUGAGAAGACAUGAUUUUAAUUUAAUUCUUUGGAACAUCAAUGGCUCAACUAGAACGAAAUUCCGAGAGCUUCAAGCAUACCAAGUCCCCGCAUUCGAUACCAUUUGACCAGCUUAUUCAAGGAGAAGAAAGGUGUUGGAGUCCAAAUACAUCACCAACCCAAAAGUGCAUUAAUAAUAAUAAUCAAGAAGAGGCAUUCCCCAAUAAUAAUAAUCAACACAACAAGAAAUCUGUUCUUACAAAAGUCAAAGAAAGUGCUAAGAAGUUAAGGCACAGCCUCAGCGGCGGCAAGAAGAAGCACGAAAAUCAUGUCCCCGGAGAAACCAGCUCCACGCGGCCGGCAUGGGGUGCAAACUUAGAAGAGAACGAAUACGAAAACGAAGACGAAUAUGAUGAAGAUGAAGACGAUGAUGAUGAUGUGGUAGACGAUGAAGAUCCUGAGUAUCUUGGAGCUCCUAUGUAUGAAUCGGAACUGGCGCCGGAAGACUACAAAGAGACGGCACGGCAACACCCCCGCGCCGAUCCUCUGUUUUCGGAGAAGAGCGUUUUCCCGCUCCAAGCAGCCACAAAACCCGGGAACGAAAAAGAGACCGGAGAAGAAAGGUCCAAUGCGACAGAAGCCCAGCCGUCGUCGUCUUCCAUCGACUCCAAGUUUUCCGGCCUGACGGUGGCGGCUACCGCCGCAAAGACAGAGGGGAAAGACAAAGAAGGCAUUAGCAGCCCGACAAGAUGGGACAAAGGGGUAUCAGUGAAGGAGUACUUGAUGAACAAGCUUGAGCCCGGGGAGGACGAAAGGGAGCUCUCCAAGGUGAUCUCUGAGGCCAUGAGUCCUAGAACCAGAGCUGCCGGAGACAGGGGAGUGGUCGAGAAAGUGAAGGACGCGGUUUCUUCCUUCCUCCGCCCUCAACCGCCGCCUAUAAACCAGUUUCUCUCCAGAGUCGCGGCCGCCACCAACCACACGGAGGUGUCGCCGUCGCAGGGCUCUGUUUCCGCCACCAACGGAAACUCAUCUCCCCUCAUUCCCGUCUCUACCAAUGCUCAUGAAGUGGUUGAAGAAGAGAUGGUGCGCGAUGCACUUGGAGGGGAACACCUCAGACUUGGUCCACCUCAAAAUGCACAGAUGGCAGAAGCAAGUGGACAAAAUGAGGCGUUGAUAUGGUUGAGAUCGUCCUUUAUGCGGCGUGAACUAGUGGUGAAAAUUUAUAAUGAGAUCGCCUACAACGCAAUCCAAGGGAAGAACUUCGAGCGUCUUCAGGCUCCAAGAAAGGGGAGGCAAAGAGAGAAGGAAAACUUCGAGCAUAUCCGAGCUCCAAGAUAAGAGAGAUGAGAGAAUAAAAGAAUUUUUGAUUAUUAAUUGAAUAAUAAUAACAAAUGGUUACAAUAUAUAAAGAAUGAAGAUAACCCUAAUUG